AUGACAGACUACGCCCAACCCCUCAGUAAAGUCAUGGAGACGACCUCUCCUCCACCACCCCCCAUAACCCUCCCCGACAUGCCCACUCCCGCCCAAUCCAUCCCCACCAUCCUCGAAUUCGCACCCCAUGCCCUAGCCACCACCCCACCGAUCUCUUCCAUCGCCGCAUACUGGAAUAACAGCUGCGCCGGCGGCGACGUGCAAUCCAACAACUGCGCACACUACCUCUCCGACGCAUUUAUCCGCGCCGGCUACACCGAACUGAGUCAACCAAACCAGCACAUCAACGCGCGGUGUCAGACUACUGCUCGUCGGCCGAUUCGUGCCCGCGACAUGUGGAGCUGGUUUCGGUCCAAGGCUCAAGUGAGUAGUCGCAGUGUGCAGAGGAAUACGGGCUGGUGGGCGGUGUUUCAGUUGAAUGAGAGCCAGUAUUGGGGUGGUCAUGUGGCGGUGUUGGAUUCGAAUGCUUGGGUUUAUUAUGGGACGGGUUGGUAUCCUGAUUGGGACCAGUAUUGCUAUCAGUGGUAG